CUUAAGUCAACGAGUAUCGUUCGCCCAGCAGUUUAGAAUCCAAUUAUGUCUCUCAAUGACAUUAUUGAACCUUUAGAAGGUGGCAGUAACGUAGUAGACCCGCCGACUACUUCUGUAAUUUCCAGCGCUUCGACUGUACCUUCGGCCGUCGGGACGGUCUCAACCUUGGCAGUUUCGAGGACCAACGGAACUUCUGUGGUCUCCACAGUCUCAGCAGGAGCUCCUCAGCCAUCCGUUGUACAACCAGCAAAGAAAACUGAAACACAGGUUUCUGAGGUGGAAAAGUUAAGGAAAGAUUUGGAGGACAGGAAGAAAAAGGCGGGGGCAAAAACCGUGGAUGGGGCAAUAAUCACCUUGCAAGCGCUAGUGGGCCGCCCGACGGCACUUUUUGAUGCUUAUGCGGCCAUGGCAGCCUUAGAAGAGGUGGUGGCGACGGCGCAGAAUCUAACUGAUGAUAGGGCCACCAAAUACAGCAUUAUCUUGAGAAAGUGUCGCCCUUUGGUGGGCGAACCGGCUCUGCAGCAAAUCCUCACGAAGCUAGUGGCUAGUAAAGAGGAGGCGGAAAUCGCCAAAGCAAUUGACAAAACCAUACGACUGCAAUGUCCCAGCCCAAUGCCAGGCCCAAUGCCAGGCCUGAUGCCAUCACCACGAUUUGCGUUUGCUGGGCGAACGAACAGGCAGGCGCCAUACCGCCGCCAAAGAGGCCCGAGGAGAUGCUUUGUUUGCAACCAGGAAGGACAUAUUGCUCGUUUUUGCCCCCAAAAUUCCCCUACUGUGAAACGCCGCUAAAGGCGGUAGAUAGAGGACCGGYCMGGUCAAUGGAAUAAAGGAUACGAGUGUGCUGAUUUAAUUGUAAUGAAAUUUAKUGAAUAAACAUAU